CUACCUGCUUGAGUGCUUCUGCUGCUUCUCCUUCCCGUCUUCGAGCUGCAACGGGGCGAUCGUCCGGCCGUCGAGCAGUUCGGGCUCACGAGCACCAUCGAUCCAUCGCCCACCAGAUGGAGAUGGAGGAUGAAAUAAAACUACUAUUGCUGGGGCCUGAGGAUGAGAAACACCUGCCAUCAAUCUUAGGUUUACUUGAUCAUGAUGCACAGAAGGUAUGUCUCGUGAUCUAUCAAAUGGCAAAGGAUGGCUGCUACAUUCUACCCUUAAUGAGAUUUUUUCUAGGAAAAUAUGGUUCAAUUUGAGUAAAUAUAUUAACACACAAGUAUUUAAAAAGAUUGACAAUAUUAAUUAGAUAUUCCUUUCCAAGUUAUAGAUCAUUUUAGCUUUUCCAGAUACACAGUUUUUGCUAUGCACUUAGAUAUACGCUAUACAUAUUUAGAUACAAAGUAUACAGUAUGUAAGUAUAAAGUAUGUAUAUAUCAAAACAAUCUAUAAUUUGGAACGAAGGUAAUAGAUAUUACUAGAUGCACCAUGAAGAGUAUUACCAUUAUCGGAACCAUCAUAUUUUUUGUUGAGGUUGUUGCUCAAAUCUUCAUCUACUAAACCAUAUCGAUAUCCUAAACGACCUAUAUUUUGAAUCGGUGGGAGUAUGUGAUAGGGAGAGUUAACAUUUUUUUUUCGUGAGAGUUGGAAGAUAAAUCCGAUAUAGUUGUUGGUGUACCAAGCUUGCAAGGUAUAAAUUAUGGUUAUUAUGAUGGGUUCAUGCAUGCCUUUUCCUAGUGAGCCAAGUAUACAACUUAUUGCAUGGACUCAUGUUAAUGCUAUAUGCUUCAGACUUGUUACCGAUGCAAGCUGGAGGACAUGGCCAAAGGAAAUGCCGCAAAAGAAGAACGUCUUGGAGGGCUGGUUUUCUUAAACCAUUAGAAAGUGAGGCCAAGAUGUUUCGUACUCGAAGAAACAACAAGCAUUGGACACCUCCUGAAGUGAACAAGCUGGUGAAAGGCGUAUCAAGGACUAGAAAAAAUAAGGGUUGGACACCACCUGAAGUGAACAAGCUGGUGAAAGGCAUAUCGGAAUAUGGAGUUGGACAAUGGACAAUGGUGAAGAAAUGUUAUUUUAGAAGAUCAUUUCGAAAGCCACCACAACUAAAGGACAAAUGGAGCGACUUGCUAAGAGCUUGCGGGAUCCAAGUUGGCUCCAAACAGAUGGUACAAGCACAUAAAACUACCCUGAGGAUUGUACAAGGACUGAAAGAUGAGAUCAUAAGUUUACACAAGAAGCAUGCGAAUGGCGUGGGAGAGAAUCGGGAGGAUUGCGGGAUUGAAGACGGGAGUGGGAUCGAAGAAAGCUCGAAAGACACACUGCUGUAAUUUUGAGAAUCCAACAAUCUUGAUGUUGGAGUCUGCACUAAAAUCUGCUCCGUUUGGAGUACCUUAGGCCGCUGCUGGUAGUAGUAGUACACGAGCAAUAAUCUUGAUGUUGCAAUCUGCACUAAA